UAAAAGGGGAAAAAAAGAGACGGGGUCAGCAACGAGAUGCGAAGAAGCUUCCCCUUUUGAAAGGGGAAAUGGCCGAUGCGAGGAUUCUCAUCUGAGAACCAGUAAAAGAUGGUCGCGCCUCAAUCCAUGAUGGGAUCCGUCUCCCAGUCUUCCGACGCAGAUAAGGGGGACGAGCUGCGCGAUCUGAUGCAACGGUUUAUGGCGUCGCUUGCGGAGUUCUCCCAACGCUUGCCCUUUGAUGUAGACUUCCAGAAACUUCGUUCUAUCACAACUCUUGCUACUCUGGCGGUUACGCUAAUUUUUGCAUGGAAGCUUUGGAGAACAAUUCCAGACCAACAAUUAAGGCAGCGUAGACGACCUUCCACAUCAUCUAGCUUUUCUACUAACAACUUACAUCCAGAUACAAGCCUCCGAUCAUCUGAAAUUCGCUCAUACUCUGGAGAUUCAAGAGCACAAAGAUCUGUUAAUGAAUUCAUCCAGCCAUUAGAGCUUUCUUUGGAGCAACUAGUGAGACAUAGGUUGAAUGAUGGUCGUAAGGUAACAUGUCAGUUACUGGGUGUAGUUCUUGAUGAAACAACUCCAGAGGAGCUCCAGACACGUGCAACAGUCAGGUCGUCUGUGCUGGAAGUCCUUUUGCAGAUCUCAAAAUUCUGUGAUGUUUAUCUCAUGGAAAGAAUCCUUGAUGAUGAAAGUGGGGAAAGGGUUCUUUCAGCGUUGGAGGAUUCUGGAGUCUUUACUUCUGGUGGUUUGGUAAGAGAUAAGGUUCUUUUCUGUAGUACAGAGAAUGGGCGCAUAUCAUUUGUUCGACAAUUGGAACCUGAUUGGCAUAUUGAUGCAAGUACUGAAAUUGUACACCAGUUGACUAGAUUCAUCAAAUAUUUACUCCAUGUGACACCAGACGGACCUCAACAAACGGCUCCUAAUGUGUUCAUUUCAACUAGUUUGGAACAGUUCUUUGGUGAUCAAGGAUACCCAAUUUUCAGUAGUUACAUACAAGUCCAUGGAACACAGAAAAGCAAGAUGCCAUUACAGUUAUGUAAUGUAAGGGAUGAAUCAAAUUCUCACUAAGCUUCAAAACUACAGGAUGAAAGCCCAUGCUACUCUUCCUGAUUGGAGCUAUUGGAAUUUUGUCCAUAGUUGUCCAUUGAUGAAUGACCAAUUUUUAUUGUCUUUAUUUGCUAACUUUAUCGCUCUGUCUGUAUGUCUAGUGCACAUGUUUGAACUCAGAUUUUGCUGCUGUCAUCACAUUUUGAACGAAUGUAUUCUUGUAAAUUUUUCUGCCAUAUUGUGUGGAAGAGGAUUUAUGUGAUCUGCUUUGGAUUUUUUUC